AUGAGGGGACUCCUGCCGUUUUGCCGGGGCCUGUACAGCCUGAGUAACCGUCAAGCUAGACGAAAAACUGGGAUUGUCGGUUCUCGGUGCGGGUUUUGCGGAACUCAGUCGAAUAGCAAGGUACGGUUCGACUCGGCGCGGCUCGGGCGUUUGUUUACAAGGCGAUACUAUUAGACUUUUUUCUUUUUAAUAAACAAUAAAAAGCGAUAUAAUUCAGAUGAUAUCUGAUGGUGUUGCAGGCAACUUUCUCAGCUGGUGAUGCGUUGGCGGAAACGAGAUGUGAUAUGAAGGAUAUUAAGAGAUGUUGCUGACUGUUAUUUUCCCUCAGGAGGAAAAAUACAUCAUGUUCCUACUUUAUUGUUUCAGCUUCAACAACGAGAAAAAGCAUUGAGUGGAAUUUUACAUGAAAAUUGUACAACUGCAAGGUUAUCUGGGAUGUGCUGCCAACUACAUACCCCAUAUGUACUGCAAUGUCACCAUAGGUCUCCCUUGUAUCCUGUGUGUAAACCCCGUAUGUUGCCAAUAAACAAGAGCCUAUAUGAUGUCAUACUUGAGAGUCAGCCCACUUAGUUGUAUGCUGAUCAAAAUACACUAUAAAGACAUUUGAGUAGUGUAAAGUGGGAAACCAUCCACAAGGCUGUGGUUGAGAGGGUCACAAGUCCUCAGAUCUAGCCAUACAAAGCAUCUUCAUGUGUAAUGAACCACAAAAUCACUCCCAUCCCCUAUGAUGUUUUUUUUUCCCUACACUUUCCACCACUAUGAAUCACUGUCUCUUCUCCCCCCCUGCAGCCACAGCCAAAGUUUGGGCUGCUGUUCGACAUAGAUGGCGUCCUUGUCCGUGGAAGGUUGCCAAUCCCUGCUGCGAAAAAGGCGUUUGAGAAGUUGGUCGACUCUCAGGGACAAUUUAAGGUGCCGGUUGUUUUUGUCACAAACGCAGGGAAUUGCCUCCGACAAACAAAAGCGGACCAGCUCUCUCACAUCCUGGGAGUACCUGUGAGUCCUCUGAGCAGACGUGACACAUAUUUCUGGGUUUAUUUAUGUGGUGCCACCUGUCUCCUCUGCUUUUAACCUUUCCUGACACUUCUUCAUCUAUUUCCAGAUCACACUAGAUCAAGUCAUCUUGUCGCACAGUCCUCUAAGGGUGUUUAAGAAGUUUCAUGACAAGUGUGUGCUGGUGUCAGGACAAGGACCGGUCUUGGAAAUUGCUAAAAAGUAACCUGAAAUUUUGCAGUAUUGUUUUUCUCUUCUUUUCUCUCCUUGUCUCCCUCUCUCUUCUAAUUGAUAUAAUGCAAUUACUCUUUCCUUUGUCCUUAACCCUUCGUUUGUAGUUUGGGAUUCAAAAAAGUUGUCAGUAUUGAUAUGCUGAGGGAGUCAUUCCCACUGCUGGACAUGGUGGAUCACAACAGAAGACCCAAGCUGCCGGUAAAACACUGAAAUCUGGUGCAAAAAUUACAUUUUUAGCUUUGAUUAGGUAAAAAAAAUCACACAUAUUAAACUUCUGCUCUUUUAUUUAAGUCUAAUCCUGUUGGGAACCUACCUAAAGUUGAAGGUAAGAAUUUGAACCCCUCAUUUCAUCUCAAAGGUUUUUCACAGUUCAUCCCUGACAUCUGUAAUAAUAGCUAAUCUUUUGAUUUCUCAUAAAGCUGUGAUUCUGUUUGGUGAGCCAAUUCGAUGGGAGACUAACCUGCAGCUGAUAAUUGAUGUUUUAUUGACCAACGGGAACCUCGGCAGCGUUCACGGAACCCAGACACAGCCUCACCUCCCCCUGCUGGCCUGCAACAUGGACCUCAUGUGGAUGGCAGAGGCACAUUCUCCACGGUAACCUUUGAAAAACAAAAAAAACGUGCUGUCACAGAAGCUUGAAUUUAUCUGCAUGAGCAACUCAGGGAUAGCCUUGAAAGGUUCAAAGUGAAACCAUAUAUCUGUCUUUCACUUUCUCUGUUUGUCUCAGGUUUGGCCACGGGACAUUUCUUGUGUGUUUAGAGAACAUUUUUAAGAAGAUAACAGGUCAGGACCUGAAGUACGAUGCUCUCAUGGGGAAACCCAGUGAGCUGACAUAUCAUUUUGCAGAGUACCUCAUCAGAAGUCAGGCCAUGCAGAGGCAAUGGAAACUUCCCAUUACAUCUCUGUAUGCGAUUGGGUAAGACACAAAGCGCUAUUUUUCCCUUUUGUCCAAUAUUAUUGCAUUUAAGAGCAUCUUAAAGGUCAUAUAUGUGCAAAAAAUUAAGAAAAGGAGAAUGCAAGGCUAUGUUGUGUCCGUAUUUAGUCAAGUUUGACUCGCCAAAAUAAAAGCCUGAGUGGUUACUUGAUAAUCUGUGUAAAUAUUAUGAGAGAAUACACAAUGUUCCCUUAAACAGAAGCAACUUUUUAUCACUGUUGACGUCAUUGUGUUUCUGAAGCUGCUCUGUGAGCCACAGAUAACAAACACAUUCUUGCACUCAUCAUUAUCUGAUGGUUAUGUACGUGCAAGCUGAGCUGUAAUCUCUUCUCUAUGUGCUCUCUCUCUCUUAGGGAUAAUCUUAUGACUGACAUCUAUGGCGCUAACCUAUACAACCGCUACCUGGAGGAGAGAGUCGCGAGACAGAACCCUAAAGCCAUCGCCAAGAUGGCCGCCGCUACAGGUUCCACCACUGCAGUACCUCAAGAGGAGGAGGCUGAAAACCUCUGGGAGGGCGAGCUGGCACUGCCCUCUGCUACAUCGUGUAAGUCUGUGCUGGUCUGCACCGGGGUCUACAACCCCAAAGCAGAAGUGCCGUCCGAUGCAAACCACUGUAUCAAAGAGACUGUGUUUCACGGGCACCGGGACUUCAGAUUCGACCCUGCGCUGGUAGAGCCGGGGUAUAUCGUGAAGGAUGUGGCAGAAGCUGUUGACCUCAUCUUUGAGCAGGAGAAGUUUGUGCCUACAUAG